AUGGAAUGGUUCAACGAGACUAAUGGGUUCUUCAUGAAUCAACACAAAAAACUUUUGUUCAUAUUCUCACCAAUGCGUCUCAAGCGGCGCAAAGGCGAAGUUCGAAUUAAUUAUCACCGGGAACCGGGAGUUAAUGACGAUUAUAUUCUAACCCCGCAGGCCCAGGAUUGGUGUGAGGACGGCAGCAAUGACAGUUCGUGUGAAUACGGCGGCCAGGACGUGCCAUUCAUGGAAGGCUUGGUUGACACCCCGGGUGUGAUCGCAGUUUUUUCCGGGCACGACCACGGCGACACGUGGUGCUACAAGUGGGACAGCUUGCUUGCCGGCAUAACGUUCAGGGGGAACGGACUAAACCUGUGCCUUGGACAGCACUCUGGCUAUGGCGGUUACGGCAAUUAG